GCAGAGUUAGCAUAGUCUCGAGUAUUUUGUUUUGAGUUUCAAAAAGAAAUUCAUGUGUUCAUGAAGCAACCAAUUAAGUUCUUUAAUUUGGAAAUAGAGUCAAGACUUGUGAUCUAUGUUUCAGCGGCAUCUUUUCUUUUAAUAAACCUAUUCUCUAAGUUCUAGCCUAUGUCACGAUCAGGUGGUGUGUUUAUGAAGCUGCUCCGCAGAUCCUCCGAGAAUAUUGUUGGUCCUGAAUGAGGAUCAGUCCAGCUGUAAAGGGCAGGGCAGUCUGCCUCGGAGAAAAAUGCCGAAAAGUUAAUGGAUUGAAACACACUUGGCUUUCGGGGCAGUCCAGGAGAGAACAGCCAGCAAGGUGCUCUUUGCGGGUCAAAUUGUCUCUGACUUCGCAACGCCGAACUCCUGACCACCGACUGAGUGACUCGGACCCAGCGCCAAGUGCUGGCAGGGAGACUGCAAAUCUUCCCGUCCAGUUAUCAGCUUUACCGCUCAUUGGGAGCCCCAAAUCCGAUCAAAACAGGAUAUGAGCCCCACACAUCAGGCAUUGCACAUAGGACCGGGCUGCUCUCGAAAGCCUUCAGAGCAGCAAUUGCCCCGGCUACACGGCAGGUGGAUUGGGACUCAUCGAAGGAGUAGGAAAAGGUUCUCCACACUUGAAACAGCAGGAUGGCAUCAUUAUUCCGAAGUGAGGAGAUGUGUCUGACCCAACUAUUCCUGCAAGUGGAGGCUGCCUAUUGCUGCAUUUCUGAGCUGGGAGAGUUGGGCUUCAUGCAGUUUCGUGAUCUGAACGCAAGUGUCAAUUUGUUCCAGCGGAAGUUUGUAAAUGAAGUCAGGCGCUGUGAAGUGAUGGAGAGAAUUCUUCGAUUUCUGGAGAUUGAAAUGGAGAGGGAUAUGAUUGCCGUCCAGGAUGAUGGUGAAAAUCCGCAGGCUCCUCUUCCAAAAGACAUGAUUGACCUGGAGGUUGUCCUGGAAAAGCUGGAGCAUGAUUUGAGGGAGGUCAACCAGAACCAGCAGACUCUCAAGCAAAACUUUCUUGAGCUCACUGAGCUCAAACACCUGUUGAAGAAAACACAGGGCUUCUUUGAGACUGAAGCGAAUUUAACUGAAGAUUUCUUUAGCGAAGACACCAUGCAUCUGUUGGAAUUGCAGACUGCAACUGCAGUGAUUGCACCUGGCAGACUGGGGUUUAUAGCUGGUGUGAUUCGUAGGGAGAGGAUGGCUGCCUUUGAACGCCUGCUCUGGAGAGCUUGCAGAGGAAACGUCUACAUGAAGCAGUCAGAGAUGGAAGUCCCACUGGAAGAUCCAAGCACACAUGUAGAGGUGCAGAAGAAUGUGUUCAUCAUCUUCUUUCAAGGGGAGCAGCUGCGGCACAAAGUAAAGAAGAUUUGUGAUGGGUUCCGUGCCACUGUGUACCCGUGUCCCGAGUCUGCCAACGAGCGGCGAGAGGUGGCUGCUGGUGUGAAGACGCGCAUUGAGGACUUGAAUACAGUUCUUAACCAGACAGAGUCCCAUCGCCGCCGUGUUCUGCAGGAAGCAGCCAAAAACCUGCGGAACUGGCAGGUGAAGGUGAAGAAAAUGAAGGCUAUUUAUCACACACUGAACCUGUGCAACAUCGAUGUGACUCAGCAGUGCCUCAUUGCAGAGACGUGGUGCCCUGUGGCUGACAUGGACAGGAUCAAGAGGGCCCUCAACCAGGGGAAGGAGCGCAGUGGUUCCAGUGUUGAUCCGAUCAUGACUGUUGUGCAGACCCAAAUGGCCCCACCCACCUUCAACAGGACCAAUAAAUUCACAGCUGGGUUCCAGAACAUUGUGGAUGCCUAUGGAGUUGGGACUUACCGUGAAAUGAAUCCUGCUCCCUAUACAAUCAUCACAUUUCCAUUCCUAUUUGCUGUCAUGUUUGGAGAUUGUGGCCAUGGAGCAGUCCUCCUGGGGUUUUCCCUCAUCAUGAUCAUUAAUGAAAAAAGCUUUGCUGCCCAGAAAGGUGGCAACGAGAUCUGGAAUACUUUCUUCAGUGGACGCUAUCUCAUUCUAUUGAUGAGCAUAUUCUCUAUUUACACUGGAUUUAUCUACAAUGAUUGCUUCUCAAAAUCCUUCAACAUAUUUGGAUCCUCAUGGCAUGUCCGGGGGAUGUUCCAUAAUGGAACAUGGAAUGAGGCAGUCGUUUCAAAUAAUCUGUUACUGCAGUUAGACCCUGCUGUAUCGGGAGUAUUCUCUGGAAACCCCUACCCAUUUGGCAUUGAUCCGAUUUGGAACAUUGCCUCAAACAAGCUAACGUUCCUCAACUCAUACAAGAUGAAGAUGUCAGUCAUCCUUGGUGUCACACACAUGGUGUUUGGUGUUGUCAUCAGCCUUUUCAACCACAUCUACUUUAAGAGCAAAGUGAACAUUUUCCUUCAGUUCAUACCAGAGAUGAUUUUCAUCCUGAGUUUAUUUGGUUACCUGGUCUUCAUGAUUAUUUUUAAGUGGUGUUAUUACCAUGUUGGGACUUCCCAGUCUGCUCCCAGUAUUUUAAUCCACUUCAUCAACAUGUUCCUGUUCUCCUACAAUGAUUCUUCCAGUGCACUCUUAUACCACUAUCAGAAGGAGAUACAGAGCUUUUUGGUCAUCAUUGCAUUCAUUUCUGUCCCCUGGAUGCUGCUCUUCAAGCCUUUUAUUUUGCGAUCAAAUCACAAGCGAUCUCAGCAAGCGUUGGCGACUAUCCAAGAGAAUGUCUAUGUGGAUGUAGCCGAUGCAGCCGAUGCAGACAUGAUGCAGACCCAGCAAAGGAACUCCACUGACCAUGCUGGUGGCCAUGGGGACCAGCAUGGCGAAGAGUUUGACUUUGGUGAUAUUUUUGUGCACCAAGCAAUCCAUACUAUUGAGUACUGUCUCGGUUGCAUCUCCAACACUGCUUCCUACCUCCGGCUCUGGGCUCUAAGCUUGGCUCAUGCAGAGCUGUCUGAAGUCCUUUGGACCAUGGUCAUGCACAUUGGACUGAGUAGUGCUUCCUGGGGUGGUCUUAUUGGUGUCUUCAUCAUUUUUGCAAUUUUCGCUGUGUUAACUGUUGCCAUUCUGUUAGUGAUGGAAGGAUUGUCGGCCUUUCUUCAUGCACUGCGUCUUCAUUGGGUGGAGUUCCAGAACAAGUUCUACAGUGGAGCUGGCUACAAGUUUAAUCCCUUCUCAUUUAAAUCGAUUCUAGAUGGAAAUCCAGAUGAAUGAAAUGGAAUUUAAAAUGAAAUAUUGGUACAAAAGACAUCUCAGCUAUAGAUUCAAAAGAUUGUUUAAAUUGAAAUCAAAUCACCUGUGGAUCUUGCUAAUCAAUUAACAUACAAAUUAUUGGUAUUUCAAGAAAUGUACAUCUUAAAAUUUAAUUUUUGCAAGUAUUUGAAUACCAAUAUGCAGGUGAUAUUUUGAGGGGGUUGUGGAGAGAAAGCUGUGUUAAAAUAGAGCAUGCAUAUAGCAAAUGUAUUCAGUAUCCUUGUGUUCAUAUUCGUAUUCUCUGCAUUAAAAUGUGACUUUUUCUGGGGCGAGAAACAAAAAUCCAAUUCUGAUUAUCUAAAAAUUAAUUGCAUUUGCUUCAUUUGAUAAGUUCUGAAUAUGAAUAUUUAUUGGGCUUUGACAUUGGAGGUUUCCACCUCAGAUGACAUAAGUUACACAAAAGCUGGGAUCCUCCUUAUUUAAAGGCUUUUUCAGAACACAUGCUACCACACCUUAAAUCUCCUGGGUGCCAUAAAUGCUUACUCCUCCUAUGAUCUUUUGAUUGUUAUUUUGAAGUACAGACACACCAAGAAAGUUUUCUAUGGACUCUUCCAGUCUAAAUCGUGUUGAGUCUGUGGCUUGGGUGUAGUGUUUGAAGGUUUGGUUUUUUGGGAACAGAAGGAUUUAGAGACAUGGAGGGUGGGGGAAUUGGAGGACAAGCUGGAGUCCUCAUUCAUGAUCAUCAGCAAGUCAAUACUGAAGAUCGAAGCCCGAGUUCCAGGAGCUGUGUUGAUUUGCAUCGACUGGGUGCACACGUUUAACCAGAAUGUUGAAAAAAGUCCCAGCUGAAGAAUAAAGAUUACA